GAAUACCAGAUACUCCCUUCAGUAAGGACAGAAAUGGUCAUGUGAAGCGACCCAUGAAUGCAUUUAUGGUUUGGGCAAGGAUUCACCGGCCAGCACUAGCCAAAGCUAAUCCAGCAGCCAACAAUGCAGAAAUCAGCGUCCAGCUCGGGUUAGAGUGGAACAAACUUAGUGAGGAACAAAAGAAACCCUAUUAUGAUGAAGCACAAAAGAUUAAAGAAAAGCACAGAGAGGAAUUUCCUGGUUGGGUUUAUCAACCUCGUCCAGGGAAGCGAAAACGCUUCCCUCUAAGUGUUUCCAAUGUGUUUUCUGGUACCACACAGAAUAUCAUCUCUACAAAUCCUACAACAAUAUAUCCUUAUCGCUCACCUACCUACUCUGUGGUAAUUCCCAGCCUACAGAACACCAUCACUCAUCCAGUUG